CUGGGGGUUGUAGUCUCCCGCCGGCGGGAGGCGGAGGAAGGGAAGGGGGCAAAGAUGGCGGCCCCGGCCCACGCUGAGCAACGGCAGAGGGGGAAGGAGAACGGCUGCGAGAGCGGCCCCAGCCCGGGGGAACCAGGCUGGUGAGAAGCGGGCUGCCGUCGUCACCAGCCCUUCCGUGUAAGCUGGAGAACCUCUCCUCAACAAGAGAGCACGCGCGAUCCAAGCAUGACGGAUCGGCGCAUUCUUCGUGGCUGCUUCUUGUGCACCGACCGAGACUGCAACGCGGAUCCUGGUUCAGCCUAAGAGUACCUUCUAAACUCCAAGCCUGCAGACUCCUUCUCGACGGGGGAGCCCCGAGUCCUCGGCCUGGCGAUGGUUCCCGGACAUCACAUUGUCUCCAUUGAAGUGGAGCUGGAGAGCUUGGCCUCCUUGCAGUACCUCUGAUGCACCAGCAGAGAGCAGCAGACCUCAACACUCUCGAUGGGGGGGGGGGGCAAAGGGAUCCAGGACUCCGCGGAGCACGUUUUACUCCCCCUUCCUGAUCUCCCCCCUCCCCUCCCCCCCAGCUUUGCCUGGACUCUGGGUGUACUGGACGCAUUCGCCGUGGGAGAAAUGCCCCUGUCCCCCCCCCCCCCCCCCCCCAGGACUUGAGGAAGCCCUCAGCCCUACCGAGGCAUUUGCAUUUUAAAGUUGUUUGUUGACUCUAGUAAAGUGGUGCUUGACCUCA